AUGUAUAAGAAUCUCACCGAGAAGUUUUACGAAAAACUGAUCAAGCCGGGGCCGCUCGCGCCGCAGUUCGAGGAUGAUCCGCAAGUACUCGUCUUCAAAGAUCUGGGCCUCCAAAUCAGUUGGCGGCUCGUUUUCGUACUCGAGUACCUCGGGCCGCUGUUCAUCUUCCCUGCCAUGCAACUGUUGCACGGCGCGACGAAGCUCGACCACGCACGCCUGGUCGCCUUCUGGCUCCUCAUGCUGCACUUCUUUAAGCGAGAAGUCGAAUCACUCUUCGUGCACCGCUUCAGCAAAACCUCGAUGCCAAUCAUCCGGCUGCCGAUCAACUGCUUCCACUACUGGGUCAUUUGCGCGGGCUUUGUCGGCUACUUCCUUUUCCACCCGCAGUACGUCUCGCCCUGGCGGCACAACCGCAGCGUCGUCGACGCGCUCGCGCUCGUCUUCCUAUUCUGCGAAUUUAUGAACGCCAAGACGCACUUGAUCCUGCGCAACCUACGCACGCGCUGCUCCUCGCAAAAAGGCAUCCCCAGCGGCGCCGGCUUCGACUUAGUCAGCUGCGCCAAUUACUUUUGGGAGAUUUGCGCUUGGGCCACUUAUGCAGCGCUCGUCGGCUCACUCCCCGCCCUCGUCUUUGUGCUCGUCUCCGCCGUGCAAAUGCACGUCUGGGCGAAGCGCAAACACAAACUCUACCUCGCAGAGUUUCCGCAUUACCCCAAGUAA